CUUCCCCUUCCCCGGCGCUAGCGAGUCUGCCGAACCGUCCAAUGACCAGCCAGAGCUGGAAGGCGGAGCCUGCGUGGAGUGCGUGUGCGCGCGCAGCGGAGGGGGGAGUGGGCCGGAGCCCAGGGUGUUUGACCGGUAAGUGCGUGAGGAGAAAGGCAGGAGGAGGUCCCGAGGAGCGGCCGCUGAAAUGUACCGGUGUGGAAGCCUGGCAGCGCGUGCUUUGAAGCAGAAGCUGGCGCCCUUGGUGCGGACAGUGUGCGUCCGAGGCCCGAAGCAAAGGAACCGGCUUUCAGGCAACUUGUUCCAGCGAUGGCAUGUUCCUCUAGAACUCCAGAUGACAAGACAAAUGGCUAGCUCUGGUGCAUCAGGGGGCAAAAUCGAUAAAAAUGUGUUAGUCCUUUUUGUGGGCUUAUCAACAAUAGGUGCUGGUGCAUAUGCCUACAAGGUUAUAAAAAGUGACCAAAAAAGAUAUAAUGAAAGAAUUUCAGGAUUAGGGCUGACACCAGAAGAGAAACAGAAGAGGGCCGCAUUAUCUGCUCCAGAAGGAGAGUUGGUUGCUCAAGUCAGGGUACCAAGUCAUGUUCCAUUCCUGCUCAUUGGUGGAGGCACUGCUGCUUUUGCUGCAGCCAGAUCCAUCCGGGCUCGGGAUCCUGGGGCCAGGGUACUGAUUGUAUCUGAAGAUCCUGAGCUGCCAUACAUGCGACCUCCUCUUUCAAAAGAGCUGUGGUAUUCAGAUGAUCCAAAUGUCACAAAGACACUGCGAUUCAGGCAGUGGAAUGGAAAAGAGAGAAGCAUAUAUUUCCAGCCGCCUUCUUUCUACGUCUCUGCUCAGGACCUGCCUCACAUUGAGAAUGGUGGUGUGGCUGUCCUCACUGGGAAGAAGGUAGUACAUCUAGAUGUGAGAGGCAACACGGCGAAACUUAAUGAUGGCUCUCAGAUAACCUAUGAAAAGUGCUUGAUUGCAACAGGAGGCACUCCAAGAACUCUGUCUGCCAUUGAUAGGGCUGGAGCAGAGGUGAAGAGUAGAACAACACUUUUCAGAAAGAUUGGAGACUUUAGAACCUUAGAGAAGAUUUCCCGGGAAGUCAAGUCGAUUACAAUUAUCGGUGGAGGCUUCCUUGGUAGUGAACUGGCCUGUGCUCUUGGCAGAAAAGCUCAGGCCUCUGGCACCGAAGUGAUUCAACUCUUCCCUGAGAAAGGAAAUAUGGGAAAGAUCCUCCCUGAAUACCUCAGCAACUGGACCAUGGAAAAAGUCAGACGAGAGGGGGUGAAGGUGCUGCCCAAUGCCAUUGUGCAAUCAGUUGGAGUCAGCGGUGGCAGGUUACUCAUCAAGCUGAAAGAUGGCCGGAAGGUAGAAACUGACCACAUAGUGGCAGCUGUGGGCCUAGAGCCCAAUGUUGAGUUGGCUAAGACUGGUGGACUAGAAAUAGACUCAGAUUUCGGUGGCUUCCGGGUAAAUGCAGAGCUCCAAGCACGCUCUAACAUUUGGGUGGCAGGAGAUGCUGCAUGCUUCUAUGAUAUAAAAUUAGGUAGGAGGCGAGUAGAGCACCAUGAUCAUGCUGUUGUGAGCGGAAGAUUGGCUGGAGAAAAUAUGACUGGAGCUGCUAAGCCAUACUGGCAUCAGUCAAUGUUCUGGAGUGACUUGGGCCCUGAUGUUGGCUAUGAAGCUAUUGGUCUUGUGGACAGUAGUUUGCCCACGGUUGGUGUCUUUGCAAAAGCAUCUGCACAAGAUAACCCGAAAUCUGCCACAGAGCAGUCAGGAACUGGUAUUCGAUCAGAGAGUGAGACAGAGUCAGAGGCCACAGAAAUCCCUGUUCUUCCAAGCAACCCUGGCAUGCCCCAGAUCCCUGUCGAAGGGGAAGACUAUGGGAAAGGUGUUAUCUUCUACCUCAGGGACAAAGUGGUGGUGGGGAUCGUGCUGUGGAACAUCUUCAACCGAAUGCCGAUAGCAAGGAAGAUCAUUAAGGACGGUGAGCAACAUGAAGAUCUAAAUGAAGUAGCUAAACUAUUCAACAUUCACGAAGACUGAAGACUUCCAGUGGAAUAAGCAAGCACUUUGCUGUCCCUGACAGCAGUUUGGAUGAAUAAAUGAGCAUUUUUUUUUUUUAUUCAGAUUUCCUCUGUGUGUAUGAGUGUGAAUGGUCAUGUCUUUUGUGAAUAUUUCAGCAAUGUAGGCAUAUUCUAAAUGUUCACAUCACUAAAUAAAACCUGAUUCUUCUAAAUUAAA